AUGCCAGUCGAGUCGAAAGGUGUGGACAUGCGGACAAUGACCAUGCAACUCGUCUCCCUUGCCGUUGUCCGCCAUGAUUUUCGCGUGUUGGAGGGUGGCGGCCAUCAGCGCCACUUGGACGGCAUCCGCGAUAUCUACGACAGCUACGCUGCGGAUUGGAACCGUCUCUGCCAGGUGCUCCCAGCCCUUGCGGCCGUCGUGCCGGUCAGCAAGGGCGGGGCCAAAGGCGCAGGAAAGGGAAAAGGCAAAGGCAAGGAGGCUAAAGGCAAGGGCAAGGGGCAGCAACAAGCGCCCGCAGACCCGGCUACCCCGAACGUAGCCAACCCGAAGGCAAAGCCACAGCCGACUUCGCCAGCAACACCUGCGUCUGGGUCAAGGGACACCGCUGGGACUCGCAUCGAGGCGACCCCGCUCACUGGAGCCGGCGGAGCAGCAUCUUCAACUGGAGUUGGGCCGGCGGUGGCCGCGCCCAAGGUUGAAGGGGCCGCGCCACCGGCGGCAGCAGCAAAGGCCGAAGGAGCGGCACCAGCAGCAGGAGAGGCAGCGACUACAGAAGAAGCGCCUGCAUCUCGAGAGGCCGCCGCACCCGAGGCCACAGCUGAAGAAGAAGCCGCUAAGCCGGUUACUGCGUCGGACGUGCUGCCAAAGGAGGAGCCACAGCUGGGAGGCGACGACGACCAAGGGCCAGUCACCGACGCCCACGACCAAGGCGACCCAGGAUCCGAGGAGCCUGUGGUUGCCGAGGUCGCGGGUGUUAAGGAGGAAGCGCCCGACGACACUGACGCAGGGGCCGCUGAGGACCUUGAAGUCAGUGGCGUCGCCCACGCUGAGGGAGAAGAGGAGGAGCCGGUGGUUGAGGAGUGUGAAGUGGACGACAGUGCCGGCGCCACCGGCUGCAGCAGCAACCCCGGCAGCUUCUACGAUCUCUCCUCCUGCCGUGCCACCACCACCUGCAGUACCGCCGCGCCGUCUCCACCGCCACAGUGGGCGAUUGACGCAGCAAGGCUCCAACAACGACAGCUAAGGGAGCAGCAAGCCCAGGCCAGAGCCAGGCUAGAAGAAGCCGCCGCGCAGCGCAGAAGGGAAGAGGCUGCAGCAAAGGCUCCAGUGGCACCUGCGCCCAGGCAAGUGGGGCUGCGCCCAACGAUCUCGAUCGUUUGGGAUUGGCACAAGGUGCUUGACCUCGGCUUGGACCGGGGCAACUGGAGCCCGCGGGUUGUGAGAGCCAUCGGUGAUCUGUGGUCCACCCACAGACCAUUGGUGUUCCACGUGCUCUCCUUCACCGGACGCGGGCAGGCGGCAGCACACCGGUCUGAAGCCCUAGCGGCACUUCCCAGCCUUGAGCGGGAAGCCGGUGUCACCUUUUCGUCCUACAACCAGUGCUUUGAACGCACGGGGUCGGGCGGAAAGGCCGAGUUGUUGCACUCCUUGGGCCCGGUACAGGGGCAGCAGCCAGGCGCCCACUACCUUGUGGACGAUAACCGCGACAUCGUCAAGGAGUCGCGGCGAACGGGCUGCAAGUGCGUCCAGGUCGUGAAGCCGGCGGAUCGGAGGUUCUUUGUUGAACAAGACCUCCUCGACGCGAUCCAGCAGCUCAGCGAGUCGCUCCACUCCUUGGGAGAAGAGCGCACCGGAGCGCAGGCCGUGGUAACCCAAGCGAGGGUCGAGGCUCAGACCACCGUGGACCAAACCCGUGCUCAGGCACAGGCUGAGGUAACCCAGGUCAGGGCUGAGGCCGCACAGGCAGUUCUUCACACCCGCGCCCAGGAAGAGGUCUUAGCAGCACAGCGCACCGCGUUGGAACGCAUAGCCCUUCUAGAGCAACAGCUCGCACAGUCGCAACGUGAAAGGGAGGAGAGCAACCGCAGGGUUGAGCAGCUGAUCGCGGAACGCCGGCUCACAGAUGACUAUUGGGCUCGGCGAGAGGCUGAACUUAACACGCAGCUAGACGUAGUUGCGCCAGCGGUAGACUGUCCGUGGCUUUCUUCCAACGGCGGGGGUGGGGAUGGGGGAAGGGGUGCUGCUUCCAGCGCACCGGGGGAGGUCCAGACACCUGCGGAUUACGAAGAGACCGUGAUCAGGGUUCUAGUUGCCAUAGCUCGUGUUCAGCGAACCCCUGGUGAUGAAGUUUACCAGUGGGCGCAGGAGUGCCUCACUCACACAGAGGCUCAGCUUAAGCAAGACCCUAGGUUUCCCCGCCUCACUCGCGAAGUGUCGGCAAAGUUGCUAAAGACCUGCCGUAACGGCCGCUUUGGUCUUCUCUUCCAGCAGAUGACCGAGGCCGAGCGUAUGGCAUCCGGUGGCAUGCCCAAUGGUAGGGUCAUGCUGCGGUCGAUCUUUAAGCACUUCCAGCUUGAGAGGGAUAGGAUAGGUAUGUUAGGUGAGAGGAAUCUCUUGAGCAUGAAGAUGCAGGGCAACGACGCCGCUGCACUUGAAGCCUUUAGAGACCGAUACCUGUACGUGCUCACUACAAUCCCAAUCGAUGAGCUGCCGCGCCCGCAGACGAUGUUCAAUCAUCUUCUCGAUGAGCUCGAAAAGAACGGGAUCAUGAGACCGCGCUGCGAAAAGGCUCGCGAAGCAGCGUCUGGCAGUCACCGUCGGACGUCGGAGUGGCUUUGGUCUAAGGUUGACCUCGCCCUGCAGCUUCACCAACAAAAGGUGAACCGCGAGGAGUUCGACAAGAAUCUCCGUGCAAAGCCGCAGGUGCUCACUUCAACCGCCACCGCUGGCAAAGACCAGCCCAGUGUUCCUGCCACUCCUGCGCCCAACGCUGCCCCGAAAGGGGCUGCCGACAAGCCGCAGAAGGAGAAGAAAAAGAAGAAAAAGAAAGAAAAGAAAGAGAAGGACGAAGAAGUCCCCGCAGCACCUGCGCCCAAAGGAAAGGGGAAAGGCGGUAAAGGAGACAAGUCUCCCAGAACAACACCGCGCCAGGGUGACAAGGGCGGAGGCAAAGGCGACACCACCCCGAGAUCUGCAGAGGUCAAGCGGGUGAAAGACAUGACAGCGGCAGAAAAGAAGAAGACUCCCUGCAUGUUCUAUGCUCACGGCAUGUGUAAAGCCGAUCCUUGCCCCUUCUUGCACGACGACAAGAAGAAGUACACUGGUCCCCCUCCGAGGGCCGCAGCAAAGCCAAAGGCAAAGGCGAAGGCUAACGCAGCAAUCGCAGCAGUCAUCCCGGCAAUGCCUGCCAGCAACAUAGCCAACACAGAGAACAAUGUGACAUGGCUGUGGGAUACUGCCGCGGGUCGUCAUCUCAUAGGCCGCCAGGCUUUGAGCUCUGACAUGCGCGCCUGCGUCCGCACAACAAGCACGCCCGUAGGUUUUGCAACAGGUGGUGGCGCCCAGCACUGCACCCAGUCUCUGUCGUUUGGGGGCAGCAAGCUAGUGCCGCAAGAGGAACAGGUCUACGUGCUGAAAGAGUGCCCUCCAGCACUUAGUGUAGGAAAGGCCGUCCAGGCAGCUGCUUCGCCAAGCGCUGUUGAAUCCGACGCCGUGUCCGUUGUUGACGAAGACAUCGGAAGUGGCACUGGUGAUCUCCCAGGGUACGCCCCCACAGAGGUUGCUACUAGCGACGAGGAGCUUGAAGCCGGUCACCUCGAGGAGGCGGACGACUUUGCCUCAAAGGUUGGAGCACAGCUUUUUAGGUCAAGCGCUGAAGGGAGCGCACCUUCCGGUGCCCGAGAGUCAGCUGCUGUAGAACCACCUUCCCCCUCGUUCUCUGAACUGUUCGAGGAAGGGGCUGCAACCAGCGCCCUUGCGCCCGAAAAGCCUGUGCCCAGUGCUGCAGUCGAUCCGGAGGACGACAAACCUCUGAUUGACUUAGUGGACCCAAAGCACUUCUUCGGUUUGCGCCCAACCUCAAAGCCGCCGGUCUGUCUAGUUAAGAUGGAUGAAGCAGGCGAGCUUGAAGGGGCAGCGUCGGAGGUCGGUCUCAUUCCAGGCCACGGGUGUACGCUUGUCUGGCCUACCAACUCAGAGUGUUGGCGUCGCCCUGCAGUGAAAGAGUUUCUUUCCGAGCACAAAGACGUGUUGCACAAGGUUGAGGUUAAAGGUUGUGACUUUGGUUGGUGGGGUAAGGACGAGAAACCGCUUCUUGAAGUGCUUGGAAGGUUUCAGAAAGAGCAUCAAGUUGAGGAGUGCUCUAAGGACAAGGGUGUUACACAGCAUGUUCCCACAGACAUGCCCGCACUGCGUCGCCACAUUGUGCUUGCCCUCAAUCACAAUGCUCAGGCACCCAUUGCACCUGCCAUGCCAGUGAUCCCUAUGCAGGAACAGCAAGAGCAUCGCACGAAGGAGCAGGCUUUGAGGCACAUCUCACCACUCGCAGGUCUCGAGGACUUUGCCGCUGUGGUGGAAAGUGACCCAACCACAAAGCGCAUCGUGGAGGAGAUUGUGGACCUGAACGGUUUAGUGUCGCAAGUUUGUGGCCUAGACUGGGAUGGGAAGCAGUCAAAUCCGGAGGUUGCUGCUAUGGUUACCAAGCUCCUCUCGCGCGCAGAGAUGCUCGCCAGCCCGGAGGCUCUAGCAGCUCUUAGGAGCGAAGCCGAUGGCCUCAAAGCUGUUCCCGUCUGGGACGAGGCCCAUCCCCGAGAGUACGCUGACGUACAACGGGAAGCUAAGAGCUCCGGGGCUAAGGUUCACUUUGGUAGGUUAAUGACUAUAGUUUCGAUUAAGUUCUAUGAGCUGGCGAAGCACCUGCAAAAGCUCAAAGGGCGUAUCGUCUAUAGGGGUGACUGUGCCAAAGACGAGUACGGGGCAGCUGCUGUGUACCAGGAGUUGGGUGCCAAUCCCACUUCUGUCCAGGGGCUCAACAAUUGCCUAGCGUACGGCGCCCUUCAGGGGCAUGCCACCACCACGGCAGAUGCGAUUAAGGCAUACGUUCAGGCGUUGCUGAAGUCGAAGCAUCAGACGUGGAUUGAACUUCCCCCCGAGCUUCGCCCGAAGUGGUGGAGAGAGAAGUUCGCCCGGCCCGUUGUGUUGCUGCUUCGUGCCCUCUAUGGCCACCCCGACGCAGGGGGCCUGUGGGAGAAGCACUUAGCGCACAUCAUUAGGGGCCUUGGGGGCAAGGAGGUUCCAGAGUUUCCCGGAAACUACUGGUUCCCCAAUCGCAGGCUUUUGUUAUCGACAUAUGUCGACGACCUGACGUUGUCAGGGCCAGAGGCAGAGCACCAAGCCUUCUGGGACGAGCUCACUGCUCUCGUCGAUGUCGAGCCUCCUGAGCCCGUGUUUCGUGUCCUGGGGCGCAACCACUACAUCGUUGAUGUAGAUAGUGAGGCAGCUGACAUGCCGGCAGUCGCUGCAGCCAAGGACGCAAUGUCAUUUGAUAUGGUAGACUACGCACAGCAAACCGUAGACCUCUACCUAUCAUUGACAGGGGCCAAGAAGCUAAAGAGCGCCCAAACGCCCUUCUGCCCUGAGGGGUCGCUUCCACCAUCUGACGACGAAGUCGGAGGUGAGUUAGCGCCCGCUGCAUGUAAGUUGCUUAUGAAGGCAUUGUGGUUAGGCCGCUUAGCGCGCCCAGACAUAAUAAAGCCAAUAGGUGACUUGGCAACCUGCGUGCAAAAAUGGAGUCGCAACAACGACCGCCAAGCGCACCGUCUCGUUUGCUAUAUUGACAGCACAAAGCACCAUCGUUUAGUGGGGCACGUCAACGACAGCCCAGACGACCUCAGGCUGUCUUUGUAUGUAGAUGCAGAUUUCGCGGGCGAGAAGGCCCAUGCGCGCAGCACUUCAGGGGGGUAUUUAGUUCUUUCAGGCCCUAAUACCUUUUUCCCUUUGGCUUGGGUUAGUAAACGCCAGACCUCUACCUCCAGAUCCACUACAGAGUCUGAGAUAGUUUCCCUGGCACACUCACUGUACAGUGAGGGACUUCCCGCUUUAAGCCUGUGGGACACGCUUCUUGGCAGAACGAUGCAGAUGACUGUGCAUGAGGACAACCAAGCCACGAUCCUCAUAGCUCGUAAGGGUUUUUCACCGAAGCUUCGCCACAUCUCGCGGACGCAUAAAGUGAAUUUGUCUUGCCUCGCAGAGCAACUCGAAGAGGGCUCUGGUGUUGAUAUCUCCUAUAUUGACACCAACCUUCAAGCAGCAGACAUCUUCACGAAGCAGCUUCCACCUGCAAAGUGGGACAAUGCAAUCCGCUUGUUGGGGUUACGCACAAAGAUGCCCAAAGAGCUUGUUGACAAACGCGUGCUGUCAUCAAAGCCAGGAGCAGCGCCCAAGUCUUCAAAGAAGUAG